AUGACUCUCUUACCAGGCCAAUCUCCACCUCUGCUGCCGCUAGAUUUGACACAUCGAGGGGCCUUGGUCGUUAUCGCUGGUGCAAUCGCUGGUACUGUCACUUUGACCGGCCUCUUCAUCAGGCUGUAUAUUCAUCUCGCGAUCAACCCACAUUACGGACGAGAUGAUUUCUUCCUUCUAGGGGCGGCAUUUGUUGCUCUCUGCGAAUCAAUCUUGGUCUUUGUCUCCGUGUCUAAGGGCUUCGGUAAUUCGGCGGACUUGAUAGAUCAUGGGAACCUGAUAAGCUUGCGACGGGCCUUUUUCUCGAGCGAGAUCCUCUAUAUAUUUACCCUCUACCUCACAAAAUGUUGCGUCAUAUGCAUUUUCCUCAAACUAACACCCAAAAAAACACAUAACCGUGCAACAUUGAUCACGCUCGGUUUCUGUACGCUAUGGGUUAUCGGCUCUCUUCUCACGGUUGGUAUCAAGAGUGGGAUUACGGACACAACGACUAUUCGGGCUUUUAGCCAAAGCUAUUGCAAGUUCAGGGUUGUCAAAUGGCAAGUCAUCGUCUCGUUCGAUGUGUUAUCCGAAGUUGUCAUUUUCCUCCUUGCCGUAUACCUCAUCCGGGAGCUUCAGAUGCGACUUCGAACAAAGCUUAUAGUGCUGAGCGCUUUCGCUGCCCGAUUACCUGACCAAACAAACCUCACCCUGGAUCUAGUCGACUCAGCGGUCUGGACUCAAAUAAGCAUAAACUACAAUGUGAUCGCCUGCACGAUCUUCGCGCUUAAACCAUUCACAGCAGCCGUUAGCACAAACUACGGCACAGCCGGCAGCCAGUCGCUGCAUAGUUCGAAGAACAACACCAAUCUUAGCGGAGGUAGUAAUAGUGCUACUGGAAGUGCACUUGACAAUGGAUAUUCGCGCGAUCUCGAGAAUCAAGGCACGAACACGUCCAGAUCGAAAGAACAUGCUUUUCUUUCUAAACCCUACAGCGGCAACGGGUAUCCGCAAUAUUCAGCACAGAAAGCCAGACGAAAGAGCCAGCUUUCCACAACACUAUCUAAAUCGAUAUCAAGCAAGGCCGAAACAAAGUCGACGGCUCAAAUAUCCCUUCCUCGUUUUUCUCUCUUCUCAAAACCUACCCAUACACCACAACAUCGACGACUAAAGUCAACAGAUGAAAACCACGAACUUAAAUCGAUAAGUGGGCAUAACCGGACUAACAGCCGGAUUCCAUUUCUAUCCAAAAGCGAAAAGAGGAGGACCGACUCUGUGGAUUCUCAUGGCGUAGCGCCUGGUAUGGGUCCUGUUGCGUCUGAUGCAAUUAUUGACCCGCCAGCAGCGACUGCGACCACAACCACGACAGCAAUUACGGCCGGAAGGCAUAAUGGGGCAGAAUCAGGUUCUGGGACAGAAUGGAACGAUGAUAAAGCAAAAUUGAUCAUUAAGAAGGAUAUAGAAUAUACAGUUCAGUAUGGGGACUGA